AUGGCCUCUGAGGUGGUGUGCGGGCUGGUCUUCAGGUUACUGCUGCCAGUGUGUCUUGCAGCUGCUUGCCUGUUCAGGUACAAUGCCCUGUCUUUCGUCUACCUCAUCUACCUCCUGCUUAUCCCACUCUUCGCAGAGCCCACAAGCACGUCGAUGCACGGCCACACAGGGCGUCUGCUGCAGUCCCUCUGCUUCACCAGUAUGUCCUUCCUGCUGCUCCACAUCAUCUAUCAGAUUACCGUCAACAGCCUCCUGGCCGGGAACUCCAUCACCUCCGACUUCAACUGUUCCACAUGGGAGAAAUCCAUAAGACAAAUUGGCUUUGAAAGUGUGAUUGGUGCAGAUGCGGGUAACGGCAUCCGAGUGUUCAUCCCUGACAUCGGCAUGUUUGUGGUCGGCUUGGCCAUCUGGCUGCUGUGUCGCAGUCUGGUCCAGAAGAGGCCGACUGAGGACAUGGCCCAGUACAACGCUGACUUCGAAGCAGAGGAACAAGAAGAAGAGGAGAAGCUGAGCCUUGACGACAACAUUCUGCUCGAGGAGGACUUUGAAGCGGGGUACGAGGCUGAGGAGGACGAGGAGCUGGAUGAGGAAGAAGAAGAUGAGGAGGAGGAGGAGGAAGGAAAGGAGAGCACAAAGAUGAAGAUCCUGCGAAUCCUGGCGGAAGUUGCAUCCAAAGUGAAGGAGAUCAUCGGGAAUUUGAUCACAACUGCGGGGAAGGUGGUGGUCACCAUCUUGUUGGGCAUGACAGGCAUCAUGCUGCCCUCGUUGACAUCGGCUGUUUACUUCUUCAUCUUCCUCUUCCUGUGCACCUGGUGGUCCCUGUGCCGGACCUUCGACACACUCAUCUUCAGCUGCAUGUGCGUCUUGAUGGCCAUCUUCAGCGCUGGACACCUCAUAGUCCUCUACCUCUACCAGUUCCAGUUCUUCCAGGAGUCCAUCCCACCAGGAGAUGGCUACAUCAGCACAUUCGGCAUCUCCCCCAUCGUCCAGAGCAACUGCUCCUACACAUGGAAGCUCAUCGUGCACCCGGAGCGUAAGUGGUACCACUUUGUGAAUCCCAUCAUGCUGCUGAUUCUCUACUACACUCUGGCCACGCUCAUCCGUCUCUGGCUGCAGGAACCCAUCGACCAGCUGACGGACGACAAGGACAGCGAUGCGUGUGAGGAGGAGGAUCUGGUUGGAAACAGAACAAGUAACUCAGCCAACAGGAAGAGACAUUUGUGGUGGGAAUCACGGCAGGGCACCGAUGAGAAAAACCUCCUCUCCACCCAGGAUGGCAUCAGUACAACUGAGGUUGUGCCGACCUCCAACGGGACGUCCUUUGACUUUGUCACAGCCGAGAAUGGACCAGUCUGCCUGGACUUGUACUCCACCCCCCAGUAUAAAAUGGACCAGCCCAGUGACGGUACAGAGAAGAAGAAUGAGUGUGUGUAUGAAGUGUGUUUGCCCCCGGAGGAUUCAGUGUUGGAGGGAGGAGAGGAGAAGUCUGAGGGAGGCGAGGAUGGGAUGAAGAAAAGAGGAGUCAGCGCGAUGGUCAAAGUCUUCCACUUCAUCAUGAAACAGAGCUACAUCUGUGCUCUCAUUGCCAUGAUGGCGUGGAGCAUCACGUACGUCAGCUGGCUGACGUUUGUCUUCCUCAUCUGGUCUUGCAUGCUGUGGAUGGUGAGAGACCGGAGGCGUUACGCAAUGCUGUCGUCUCCCUUCAUGGUGGCCUACGGCAACCUGCUGAUAGUUCUGCAGUACAUUUUCAGUUUUGAGAACAUGCCUGAAGUCUCUGGCUUCUUUGUCAGGAAGAAAAACCCUUUCCACUCGCUUUCAUCCAAGGCCCUUUGUCUGCUGAGCUUCUGGCUGCUGCUGAGACAGACCCUUACAGAGAGAUGGGAAAAACAAAAAGAGGACAGUGCUGGUCUCUCAGACGUUCAUGUUGAGGAUCAGGAGAAGAAGGAGGAGGACUCUGAGGAGGGAGGGGAGCAGGACACCAUGCAGGUUCUGGGCAACAUGGUCAUGGCUCUGCUGGUCAAAUACUGGAUCUACAUCUGUGGGGGGAUGUUCUUCUUCGUCAGCUUCGAGGGAACCAUCGUCAUGUACAAGAUCAUCUACAUGAUGAUGUUCCUCUCCUGUGUGGCAGUCUACCAGGUGCACUAUGAGUGGUGGCGAAGGAUCCUGAAGUACUUCUGGAUGUCAGUGGUGAUGUAUACCAUGCUGGUCCUGACCCUGGUCUACACCUUCCAGUUUAAAAGCUCGGUGAACCUCUGGUCCCAAAUGACGGGCCUGGACGAACAGAGCUUGAAGGACCUGGGCUUGGAGGAGUUCUCUGUGGCCGAGCUGUUCACCAGGAUUUUCAUUCCUACUUCCUUCCUGCUGGCAUGUAUCCUCCAUCUGCACUACUUCCACGACCGCUUCCUCCAGCUCACUGACCUCCAGGCUGUAGUAGCCAAAGAGCAGAGCACUAUCUACAGACUGGUGCACCCGGACAGUCUGGCAGACCUCACCAUGCUCAGCGCCACCUCGGUGGAUGCAGCACUCCCCAGAGAGGAGGAGGAGGAGGAGGCAGAGGAGCUGCAGGAGAAGCAGGAGGAGCAGGGGGAGUGGGGGCUGGAGAAGGAGAAAAACCAGGCCCUUGUGGUGGUGAUGGAUGACGCUGACUUGACUGGCGAGAAGCCCAGGAGCUUCUCUGACCCGCGGCAGUCCAGUACAGAGGAUAGCCACCACUGCAGUGCGGGGACCGAGCCAGAGCCGAGCACCGAGCAGAGCUCAGAUCUGAAGAAUAAGUGGCACCUGGUGGUCGACCGUCUGACCGUGCUCUUCCUCAAGUUCCUGGAGUAUUUCCACAAACUGCAGCUGUUCAUCUGGUGGUUGCUGGAGAUCCACAUCAUCAAGAUUGUGUCCUGCUACAUCAUUCUGGUCUGUGUCAAAGAGGUGUCUUUGUUCAACUAUGUGUUCCUGGCUUCCUGGGCCUUUGCACUGCCCUACAGUCAGUAUCGGCCCCUUGCUUCUAGUGUUUGCACUGUGUGGACAUGUGUCAUCAUCGUAUGUAAAAUGUUGUACCAGUUGAAGUCCAUAAAUCCCCCAUCCUACUCCAAGAACUGCUCUAUGCCGGUGGGCUACAAAGACGACGAGAGGACUGUGAUGAAGGAUUCUGAGCUGUAUAAGGGACCUGUGGAUCCAGCCAUCUGGGUUGGCUUGAAUAAGUCUAAUGACCUACUGGGCUACCUCUGGAACAACCUCUUGAUGUUGGCUCUCUUAGCGUUUGAGGUGACCAUCUACCGCCAUCAGGAAUACUUCAGACUAAGGAACAAGCUGUUGCCUCCUGCCGCUCGUGUUAUCUUCCAUGACAUCACACGGCAGCACCUGGACCUCGGCAUCAUCAGCUUCAUCAAAUACUUCAUCAACUACUUCUUCUACAAGUUUGGACUUGAGACGUGCCUGCUGUUGGUGGUGAAUGUAAUCGGGCAGCGUAUGGACUUCUACGCCAUGCUACAUGCCUUUGCCUUGAUAGCUGUCAUGUAUAGACGAAGGAGGAAAGCCAUUGCUGAGAUCUGGCCCAAGUACUGCUGCUUCCUGGCCUGUAUGCUGACCGUCCAGUAUUUUAUCUGCAUCGGGAUCCCACCUGCAGCCUGUAAAGACUAUCCCUGGAGGUUUCCCAACUCUACUACAGACUCCAAUGUUGUCAAGUGGCUCUAUGUUCCAGAUUUCCGCACCAGGCCCAAUUCAUUAUUCCUCAUCUAUGACUUCAUGCUGCUGCUGUGUGCCUCUCUUCAGAGGCAGGUGUUUGACGAUGAGAACAAGGCGGCAGUUCGCCUCAUGGCCGGAGACAACGUGGAGAUCUGCAGAGACCUGGAUGCAGCCUCCUUCAGCGUCCACAACCCCGUCCCCGACUUCAUCCACUGCAGGUCCUACCUCGACAUGCUGAAGGUCAUCAUGUUCAGUUACCUGUUCUGGUUCGUCCUCACCAUCAUCUUCAUCACAGGAACCACACGCAUCAGCGUCUUCUGUAUGGGAUACCUGGUUGCCUGCUUCUACUUCCUGCUCUUCGGUGGAGAGCUGUUACUGAAGCCAAUCAAAAAGAUCCUGCACUACUGGGACUUUCUGAUUGCCUACAACAUCUUUGUCAUCACCAUGAAGAACAUUUUGUCUAUCUUGGCUUGUGGCUACAUCAACUCUCUGAUCAAGAAGAAGUGUUGGUUGAUUCAGUUGUUCAGUUUGGCCUGCACCAUUAAAGAAUAUAACAUCAACACCAGCCAGGAAAGUCUGUCCCCUGAUGAUCACUGUGAGCUGCCCAGUAACGAGGCCGGGAUCAUCUGGGAUAGUAUCUGCUUCGCCUUCCUGCUGCUGCAGAGACGAGUGUUCAUGAGCUACUACUUCCUCCACGUGGUGGCUGAUAUCAGAGCGUCACAGAUCCUCGCAUCCAGAGGAGCGGAGCUUUUCCAGGCCACUAUAGUGAAGGCGGUGAGGGCGAGACUGGAGGAGGAGCGCAAGUCUGUGGAGCAGCUGAAGAGACAGAUGGAGCGCAUUAAAGUGAGGCAGCAAAAGUUUAAGAGGGGCAAGGAGAAGAUGAUGAGCUUGGCACAGGAGUCUGGUGAUGGACAGACCCUCAUCCAGCCCGAGGACGAUGACGAUGGAGCACAGCGAACGAAAACCAAGACCAAAAAAAAGCAGUGGUGGAGGCCGUGGGUUGACCAUGCUUCCAUGGUUAGAAGUGGAGACUAUUACUUGUUUGAAACUGACAGUGAGGAGGAAGAGGAGGAUGAGGAGAAAAAAGACGAUGAGCCGCCAAAGAAGUCAGCAUUUCAGCGAGCUAUUGGGAAGUUUGUCUCUGCUGUCCUGGCUUUGCCCAGGUCUAUCAUUAAGCUGCCUAAAACUAUCCUGCACUAUGUAGUGAAGGCAGGCAAGUUUCUUUACCAUGCCUGGAUCACAGACCCCAAAGCUGCACUGAGGGCACGGGGCAAAGAGAAACGCAAAUUUUGGAAGAAAUACACAAAGGGAAUUAGACACAGGAAAAGUAAGAAAGAUGCAGGUCACGUGGCCAUAGAGGUUGGUGAGCUGUCUGAUGGGCAAGAAAAAGGAGAGGAGCGCAAGCAGUCUGGUGGUCAAGACAACAUCAUCAAACGAGUGUUCAACAUCAUCAAGUUCACCUGGGUGCUAUCUAAGACGACAGUGGACAGCUUCACCAAGUGGAUGAAUGACAUGUGCAGAGAGUACAUCGACAUCUCCACUGUGCUGCGUAUAGAGCGCUGCAUGCUGACGCGAGAGGUCAAAAAGGGCAACGUGCCUUCCAGAGAGAGUAUCCACGUCUACUACCAGAAGGCCAUGAGGCUCAACAUGUCCAGGCAGGCCAGUUUAGAUGCGCUCAGUGAUGACGAGUUUGUCUCCAGCUCCAGCAGGGUCAGACGGAGGCGAGGAGGCCUUCCCAUGGAGAGCCAGGACUCGACGGCCUCCAGAGACAGCAUAUCCAGUGCCUUCACUGAGGCCACCACGCUGUUAUCUCGCGAAUCCACGCUGGACGACCUCGAUCCGAUGCCAGAGUGCAUUCCCAAAACCAGCGAGCGUGCUAGGCCCAAACUGCGUAAGAUGUACGGCCUGGACGUGUCCAAUUCAUCAAUGGACAGCGCCAGCAGCUUCAUGUCCAGUGAAGCCACCCAGUGUAUCAUGCUCUACUCCAGGCAGGGCACCACAGAGACCAUAGAAGAAGUGGAGGAUGAGCAGGACCAAGGGGAGGACAUGCAGCAGGUUCCCUGGGAAUCACAACAGCUGGAUGACAGUGAGGGGCCCGAGGGUGGCCCCUGGAAUGACCCAGAAUCCAGGGAGGAAGAGGAAGAGGAGGAGGAUGGUGAGGAGCAGGAGGGGCUGGAGGGUGAGGAGGGUGAGGAAGGUGAGGAGGAGUUAGAGGUACCAAAGGACCAGGAGAGAGAAGAGGCUCCCUGGGAGUCUUUUGGCCCAGGCGAGGGCCCCUCCUGCCGGCUGGAGGAGGCCUGUACCCACUCUGUCCAGGACAAAGACUUCAUCACUGAGAGUGAAGACGGAGGGGCACAGCAGGACUUCAUGCAGACAGAGGGGCGAGCAGGGCUGCUCUACACCCCUGAUACAGAUGCUUCUAAAAUGUCUGACGCCGACGUGCCUCCCAGCUACAGCAAGGCGGUCAGCUUCGACCGCCUGGAAGUCAGCGAUGACGAGAGUGACACGGACAGGAAGAGGCGUAUGAUUAUGACCUCUGACAGCCACUCGGACAGCAGGUCAGACAUCAUGCUGCCCUCUAUGACCACUGAGCUGACCGCCAGCGAACUGCUGCUCAACAAGAUGUUUUUUGACGACGAGCUGGAACAGUCAGAUAAGUUCUACCAAAGCCAGCCUCUGAUCCUCCAGCUCUGCUAUGCCUUCUACAACAUGCUGGUGGCCCACUCGGAGAUGGUGUGCUACCUGGUCAUCAUCAUCAACCACAUGGUGUCGGCCUCCUGCGCCACCCUGGUCCUUCCCAUCACCAUCUUCCUCUGGGCAAUGCUGUCCGUGCCCCGGCCCAGCAAACGCUACUGGAUGACUGCCAUUGUCUAUACUGAGGUCACCAUCGUCAUCAAGUACUUCUUCCAGUUUGGCUUCUUCCCCUUCAACCAGAACAAGAUGGAUAGGAACAAACCGUAUCACCCUCCCAACAUCAUCGGUGUGGAGAAGAAGGACGGUUACGUCCACUAUGACCUGGUGCAGUUACUGGCUCUCUUCUUCCACAGAUCCAUUCUGAAGUGCCACGGUCUGUGGGACGAGGACGACCCCAAAGACAAGAAAGAGCCUCCUCAUCAGAGUGAGUCCGAGGACGAGGGAAAGGACAAGGAGGAGAGCGAGAAGGAGUCUGAACCUGCCUCCUCAGUGAUCAGUGAGACCAGAGGCUCCACUCACACCUUAAAGUCCAUAAACUUUGGGACCUCCAUAGAUUCAGGACAUGUCCAGGUGCACUUCCCACAACAGCAGACCUACCAGCGUCGCAAGAGCUCCAGCGGAGGCUCGCACAUUUCUCACCGAUCUCUUCACUCUUCUGCACGGUCAAAGAGAGGAAGUACUGCCUCCCACAACAGCAGCCGCAAGGAUGGCAGCGAGGCCAGCGUCCACCAGAAGACCCGCAAACAGAUGAUCAUGGAGAAGCUGAGAGAGCAGCUCUACAAAGGAAAAGCUUUCAUCAUAAAGCGGUUCAUGGAGCUCUACCUUCCCAUGAGGCAGUUCUUCUACAACCUGAUCCAUCCAGAGUACAGUGCCGUCACAGACGUCUACGUGCUGAUGUUCCUCGCUGACACCGUCGACUUCAUCAUCAUUGUGUUUGGAUUCUGGGCGUUUGGUAAACACUCAGCGGCAGACAUCACCUCGUCUCUGUCGGAGGAUCAGGUGCCGGGACCCUUCUUGGUCAUGGUCUUGAUCCAGUUUGGGACCAUGGUGGUGGACCGGGCCCUCUACCUCAGAAAGUCUGUCAUGGGAAAGGUUAUCUUCCAGGUCAUCCUGGUCUUUGGCAUCCACUUCUGGAUGUUCUUCAUCCUGCCUGGAGUCACAAAGAAGCGUUUCAGUGAGAACACAGUCGCUCAGAUGUGGUAUUUUGUCAAGUGCAUUUACUUCGGGCUGUCGGCCUAUCAGAUCCGCUGUGGUUAUCCUACUCGCGUUCUGGGAAACUUCCUCACCAAGAGCUACAAUUAUGUCAACCUCUUCCUGUUUCAAGGUUUCCGCCUCGUGCCAUUUCUGACGGAGCUGCGAGCCGUGAUGGACUGGGUUUGGACUGACACCUCUCUGUCUCUGUCCAGCUGGAUCUGUGUGGAGGACAUCUACGCUCACAUCUUCAUCCUCAAAUGCUGGAGAGAGUCUGAGAAGAGGUACCCCCAGCCGCGAGGCCAAAAGAAGAAGAAGGUGGUGAAGUACGGGAUGGGAGGGAUGAUUGUGAUGCUGCUGAUCUGUAUCGUCUGGUUCCCGUUGCUCUUUAUGUCCCUUGUAAAAUCUGUAGCUGGAGUCGUCAACCCGCCGCUGGAUGUCUCGCUCAAGAUCACCCUGGCCGGCUUUCAGCCCAUCUUCACCAUGAGCGCUCAGCAGAAACAACUGCAGAAUGUGACGCCAGCUGAAUUUGAAAAGUUCACCAAGAUAUAUUUUGAUAACGAUGAAGCCUUGCAGUGGCUGGAGGGCUACAUGCCAGAGGACCUGAUCAUCGCUGAGCUGAAAGGCAGCUCCAACUCUCUGUGGACCAUCAGUCCACCCAGCAGAAACAGCCUGAUAGACAUGUUGAACUCCACUGAGGACUUCCCCAUCACUGUGUCCUGGUCUGUGCAAAGGAACCUCAGUCUUGGUGCCAAGGCUGAAACCGCGUCUGGAAAACGAGUGAAGCCCCUCGACCCAGAAACGAAGCAGGCCCUCAUCAGGCUCCUGAAGGAGCCGGAAAAAGAGUCACAAGUGACGCUGAGAAACAUCUUCCCUCGUUAUAUUCGAGCCCCCAGUGACUCAGACGCCAAUCCUGUCGAGCAGCUGAAUAAAGAUGAAGAGAUGUUGGACAUAGACGUGACGUUGAAGCAAGCUAAUAACCUGUCAGAUCAGAACCAAGAAUGGUGGAUCGUCAACCAGACGAAGCCCGGCCCGAUAGAAAAGAGGAGUCAACAAUGCAUGUGUGAUGCAGGUCUGGAGGUUUACAUAUUCAGCGACCAAGUCAGCCCGCCCAGUCUGGGCUUCCUGGCUGGAUACGGGAUCAUGGGCCUGUACGCCUCGGUGGUUCUGGUCAUCGGCAAGUUUGUGCGCGAGUUCUUCAGCGGUAUUUCCCACACCAUCAUGUUCGAGGAGCUGCCCAACGUGGACCGGAUCCUCAAGCUGUGCACCGACAUCUUCCUGGUCCGAGAGACGGGGGAGCUGGACCUGGAGGAGGACAUGUACGCCAAGCUCAUCUUCCUCUACCGCUCGCCAGAAACUAUGAUUAAGUGGACCCGGGAGAAAACUCAGUGAAACUCAGCGAGGGUACGUUGAAUUGUGAAGGCGAGUCAAAGCUUUUUUCGGAGACGCUGGGUGGUCGCUCUGUUGGUGUGAGCCGCUAUUUCAGCCCAUUCACCAGCUGAGGACCAACUCUGUCCUCCUCAACUGAGCUCUGAUGGCAGUGACACAGUGUUAGCUCCACACAAAAACACUUUCUGGUAUUUUUUACUCUCAACUGAUGGAAAACAACAACAGAUUACAGUCAUAUUAUUAACAAUUGAGCACAAAAUUUGCCGGUGCUUGUAUUUAUCUUGCAAAACAUGGCUCAGUUUGGCAUCCGGUGGACAAAAUAAGCAGCUGGUGUUCAGUUGGAGAUGGAGAGAAAUCUUUUCAGACAUUUUUCCUAAGAUAUAAAAAGUCUUAUCCCUAACAUAAAGGUAGAUUUUUAAAGACCCCUCGCCACUCUUCGCGUCUGUCAUCAUCACAUUAUCUCAAUUGAACAGCAGGCGGAGAGAAGCUCGAACUGGCUGCAACAUUACUCUUUAAGGGCUUCCCACCAACAAGUAAGUGCACAACAAUGACAACAUGAGCACAAUCUUAUAUUUUCUCCAACUGGAACACUUCAAUUGUGGGAAUUGUGCAAUAUCGAGCUCUCGAUUCUCCACGGGGACCGAAAGGAAAGGGUGGUUCUGACUAAGACACAUGAACAUAGCCCCACCGUUUCUUCUGUUUGUUUUUUUUUAACGUCAGAGGCAACACGUGGGACCUCUCCAGACACAAUGCAGAAAACAUUAUCAGACAAUCUUAACUUGCCUUAUUUUGUUUGUAUGAGAAGAACUGAAACUCUCAUCGACUACAUAUCUUUCUCAGGAAGAGCUGUUUCCACAGAUAUUCAUUGUAUGAGUUCUAUGUUACGAUAUGUAGGCUUUGAUGGAAUCUAAAAGAAUAUGAGAUUGUAGAGAAGAUGACAACUGUUUAAAUGGCAUGACAUUUAAUGUGGAUAUUGUUCAGUUGGACUGAUGCUGAGUUUGUUUACUGCAGAGUGACGCAGUUUAAGGACGUAUUAAGAAAGUAAACGUAUCGCUGUGGACUUUUUUUCCUCACACAGAAUGAGAAUAAUUGCCAAUCAUCCAUGUUCUGAAUCAUCUACAGGUUGGCUAGAGUCGCAACCAGCAGAGGGCUGCUUCUGAAUCAGGGUAAUGUGCAUUAAGUGGUAGACUCUUGCACAACAUUUGUGAACCUCUGGCUGUUUUUAACAUUCACACUCAUGAAAACUGUGGCGCCCACAGCUGUGCAUCAACAUCCUCAUCAAGAUGAAAAUUAAAGAGACUCAAAAAAGAUUCCUCACAUAAAGGGCUGCAACGUGAAGCCCUUUGGUCCAUACUAUGCAUUAGAGGACACUGUAGCAUGGAAGAGAAACUUCAUAAUUAAUUUUCAUUAAAUGUACAUUCAAGUGUAAGGGGACAGGAUAUGCCACGGGGGAAUGAAAUGUGAAAUUGUACCUGUAUGUUUAAGGCAAUGUGGUAUGACAGAGGU